GUCCCGAUCGGGGAGCAUGGAAGAGGCCACCUGGACCUUCGACCCUUCUCCAUUCUUCUAUAUAACCUCCGCUUUUUCUUCUCCUCUUUUCAGGUGUCUUUUUCUUUCACCAUCUCUCAGCCCUUGUUUCUUUGUCCCCGUGUUGUCUUUUCAACAUGCGUUUCGACACCGCAUUCACGGCUCUGGUCUCUUCGGCCACCCUCAUGGGCGUGGCCCAUGCUGAGGAGGCUGAAGCUGUCCCCAACGCUGCCGCUAACAUUGAGAAGCCCACUUUCACUCCCACCAAUCUCAAGGCUCCUUUCUUAGAGCAGUUCACUGACGACUGGGAGACCCGGUGGAAGCGCUCCAGCGCCAAGAAGGACGACCCCAAGUCCGAGGAGGAUUGGGCCUACGUCGGUGAGUGGGCUGUCGAGGAGCCUACCGUCUUCAAGGGUAUCGAGGGCGACAAGGGUCUGGUCGUCAAGAACGCAGCCGCGCACCACGCCAUCUCCGCCAAAUUCCCCAAGAAGAUUGACAACAAGGGUAAGACCCUGGUUGUCCAGUAUGAGGUCAAGCCCCAGAAUUCUCUUGUCUGUGGCGGUGCCUACCUGAAGCUCCUCCAGGAGAACAAGAAGCUCCACCAGGAGGAGUUCUCCAACGGAACUCCCUACGUGAUCAUGUUUGGUCCCGACAAGUGCGGUGCCACCAACAAGGUUCACUUCAUCUUCCGCCACAAGAACCCCAAGACCGGCGAGUAUGAGGAGAAGCACCUGAAGACUCCCCCCGUCGCCCGUACCUCCAAGGUCACCUCCCUUUACACCCUGAUCGUCAAGCCCGACCAGACCUUCGAGAUCCUCGUCAAUGGCGAGUCUGUCAAGGAGGGCAGCCUUCUGGAGGACUUCGCUCCUGCCGUUAACCCUGAGAAGGAGAUUGACGACCCCAAGGACAAGAAGCCCGCCGACUGGGUCGACGAGAUCAAGAUCGCUGAUCCCGAGGCCACCAAGCCUGCCGACUGGGAUGAGGAGGCACCUUUCGAGAUUGUGGAUGAGGAGGCUGAGAAGCCUGAGGACUGGCUCGAGGAUGAGCCCACCAGCAUUGGCGACCCCGAGGCUGAGAAGCCCGAGGACUGGGAUGACGAGGAGGAUGGUGACUGGGUCCCUCCUACUAUCCCCAACCCCAAGUGUGCCGACGUCUCUGGCUGCGGCAAGUGGACUCGCCCCAUGAAGAAGAACCCCGAGUACAAGGGCCCGUGGUCCGCUCCUCUGAUUGACAACCCUGCCUACAAGGGUGUCUGGGCCCCCCGCAAGAUUGCCAACCCCGCCUAUUUCGAGGACAAGACCCCCUCCAACCUGGAGCCCAUGGGCGCCAUUGGUUUCGAGAUCUGGACCAUGCAAAACGAUAUUCUGUUCGACAACGUCUACAUUGGCCACUCCAUCGAGGACGCUGAGAAGCUCCGCCAGGAGACCUUUGAUGUCAAGGUUGCCAUUGAGGAGGCUGAGGAGAAGGCUUCCCAGCCCGAGCCGGAGGCCCCUGCCCCCGGUGUCACCACUUCCUUCCAGGAGGACCCUGUCACUUUCGUCCGCCAGAAGGUCAACCAGUUCGUUCACAUGGCCAAGGAGGACCCCAUCCACGCUGUCAAGACCGCUCCUGAGGUUGCCGGUGGCCUGGUCGCUCUUCUCUUGACUUCUAUUCUCAUCAUUGUGGGUGCCAUUGGCUCCAGCAGCCCCGCUCCCUCUGAGAAGAAGGGUAAGCAGGCUGUCAGCGCUGGCAAGGAGAAGUCCAGCGAGGCCACCAGCUCCUCUGCCGAUACUGGCAAGAGCGGUGCCACCAAGCGCACCACUCGCUCUUCCGCCGAGUAAAUGGGUUAAGUGGAGGAAAAAGCAAAUCCGCAAAUCCGAACAAUCGAGUCUACCUUGGUGUUGAUUCUUUAUUCCCUUGUUUUUUUUUUAUUCUUGUGACAUGAGUAGCAGUGUACCUUAGCCAGUUGGAGAUUCCCAGACCGGUAUACUUUUCCGAAGUUUCCAUCUCUUAUCCCUGGUUUGACUAUUAUAGUCACAGAUUCCCCAAAUUCGUCGUUUAAAUGCCAAAUUUUCCAUUUAUUUUCACAUUGAACAA